AGGUGGUGCGUGUGCGUUAGUGCGUGCGCUGAGCUCCUCUCCCUCCCUCUCUCUCCCUCUCUGCCUCUCUCUCUCUCUCCUCCCCGGCAGAGGCAGCGCGCUCCUCUCUGCUCUGCGCUCCGCUCUGCCGGAGGAUCCACUCGCCGCGAGCAGCUUUCUGGGUGCUCAGCCCUCCAAAUGGCUCUCCCGCGACCCCGCGCAGCCUCUUCAGCGCCCCAGUGACGCACGCCGCUGUGCCCCUCCCCGCGCCUUUUUUGUGUGUUUCUUCUUCUUUUUUCUUUUUUUGGUUUCUUUUUAAACCCCCGCUUUAAACUUUAAAUGCCCCGUCCUCAGCGCGCUCCCGCUGCGGGGCCAUGCUGAGCCACCGCCGCGCGGCUCCUCUGCUGCUGGCCCUCAGCGCGCUCACCGUCGCCAGACUGGCGCGCGCCUGGAGCGACGACGACCUGCUGCUGCCGCCCGUCAACUCCACCGCGCGCUUCCUGGCCAACCUGGAGGUGGAUGUAGCUUACGCGAGAGGCUCCUCCACUUCGGCCGCUUCUUCCACCUCCUCGUCCUCUUCCUCCGCCUCCUCCACCGCGACCUCCUCCGGCGCGUGCAACGUGAGCGUGGAGCGGCUGCCCGCGCGGCUGGUGGCGCGCUGGGACGGCGCGGUGGGCUUCCGCUGCGACGUGCUCGUCUACACGACCAACACGCACGGCAAGGCGUUCUUCUCGGCCGCCUUCAGCCGCGCCGUCUCGCCCGUCUUCAUCGAGCACGUGGGGCUCGCGGGCGGUCAGCAGGAGCUGCGGCUCUGCGUGGGCUGCGGCGGCGCGGGAGGAGCCCGGCAGCACCGGAGAGCCGGAGCCGUGCGCUUCUGCUGCCUGGACUUCGCCCUGGACGAGCUGAAGGGGGACCGGAGCUGGAGGCUCAACCGCAAGCCCAUCGAGUCGACCCUCGUGGCGUGUUUCAUGACUCUGGUCAUCAUCGUGUGGAGCGUUGCUGCCCUCAUCUGGCCGGUGCCCAUCAUCGCGGGCUUCCUGCCCAACGGCAUGGAGCAGAGAAGACCCCGAUAAGGGGAAGAUGCGCUAAAGGGGCUCACCGGGCCAACAGGCUGAAAACAUGCGAUUCUUUCUAAAGCUCGAUUCGGUGUGGACACGCGCGGACUGAGCUUCUCUACUAGCCUAGCUGGGAUUUGUUUUAUAAAUCUAUGAAGUAGAGAGUAAAAUAGCCUGUUCUGUUCAUUCAGGUGUCCCUGCAAAUGUUUGUAACGUUUUUUUAUUAUCUUGAAAUCUCUUCAAGUUUGUCGAGACCCGUUUUUUAAGCGUUAGCACUAAACAGAGUGAGCAUUUAGAAACAUGAGCAAGCCUGUUUUGUAUUGUUGUUGCCUGCUGUGCGCCUAAAGGCCAGCUUAUCACACCUGUAUUUGUAAGAGCCAAUAAAAUGUGUUUAGAAAGUUCA